AUGGUGAACAUGAUGGGACAAAUGUCGCUACCACGAUUGACGAAGACGAACUACGAGAAUUGGAGCAUCCAAAUGAAAGCUCUUCUCGGUUCUCAAGACGCAUGGGAGGUGAUCAAAGAAGGUUUUGAAGAACCGAAGGAUACCACAGGUUAUACGUCGAUGCAAAACAAGGCGCUAAAAGAAUUACGAUCAAAGGAUAAGGCAGCAUUAUACAUGUUGUUCCGGGCUGUUGUUGAGUCGGGAUUUGAGAAGAUUGCAAUGGCAACUACUUCAAAAGAAGCGUGGGACAUUUUAGAAAAAACCGUGGCAAAUCAACUAAAUCGAAAGGGAGAAGUGUUACUCGAGACGCGGAUUGUGGAGAAGAUCUUGAGGUCGUUAACAUACAACAUAGAGAAUGAUGUUGUAUGUGUCAUAGAAGAGUCAAAGGACCUAGCGACGUUCACGGUCGAUGAGGUCACCGAUUCUCUCGAGGCACAUGAGCAAUGUAAGAAAAAGAAGGAGGCACUCGAUCGAGCGCUUCAGACUAAGGCAUCAAUAAAUGAUGAAAAGGUACUCUACCCUCAAAAUACUCAUGGUAGAGGUCGAGGAAGUCGCGAGAAUGGUCGAGGUAGUCAAGGCAACAAUUAUGAAGAAAAUUACAAGGAGAAGAGACUAUCAAGCCAAGCAAAUUGGCGUGGAAGAGGAUGCAAUCAAGUACGUGGUCAAGGAUAUAAUUCCAACGUCCAAUGUUACAAAUGUCAAAAAUAUGGCCACUGUGUAAAUAAUUGUAACUCUGACAAAUGUUACAAUUGUGGCAGAAUGGGUCACUAUGCAAGAGAUUGUCGAGCUGAGGAAAAGGUGGAAGAAACGAUCAACCUAGCCUUGGAUGACGCAACAAACAGAGGCAUUCUCUUGAUGGCCCAAAAUGAAGAGCUGAAAACAAAAGAACAUGGCAGUGCGAAAGACGAUGGCGAUAGUUGUGAGACAAUGGAAACUGUUGAAAAUGAGGUGAUGCGCGCGGAUGUGGGAAAUCCUGAUAGCGGAGACGAGAAAAUCGAAUAG